CCGCCUGGAUACUUUGGCCUGUGCUGCCUCUUCUAUGUGGAGUCUUUGGCUACUUGGCUACUGCUUUGGGGGAGCAUUUGCCCAGGCUAGCGGGAAGGGGCAGCUGAGCCCCGAGAAAAGCGAAAUAUGGGGACCCGGGUUAAAGGCUGCAGUGGUGCUCCCGGCCCGCUACUUCUACAUUCAGGCGGUGGAUACCUCAGGAAAAAGAUUCACAUCUUCUCCCGGAGAAAAGGUGUUUGAGAUUAAAAUCUCGGCCCCCGACGAGCAGUUCACGCGGGUUGGAAUCCAGGUGUUGGACCGAAAGGAUGGGUCCUUUAUCGUCAGGUACAGGUUGUACGCGAGCUACAAAAGCCUGAAGGUGGAGGUCAAGUUCCAAGGUCGCCAUGUGGCCAAAUCUCCAUACAUGUUAAAAGGCCCAGUGUACCAUGAGAAUUGCGACUGUCCCAUGGAGGAUAGCACUGCGUGGCUGCGAGAGAUGAGCUGUCCUGAGUCCAUCCCUCAGAUUGAGAAAGACCUGGAGCCCUUCACCACUGUUGAUCCAGACAAAAUUGCUGUGGAAAUCCCAAAGAGGUUUGGACAGAGGCAGAGCUUGUGUCACUACACGGUGAAGGACAACAAGGUUUACAUCAAGACUCACGGGGAACAUGUUGGGUUUCGGAUCUUCAUGGACGCCAUCCUGCUUUCUCUCACUAGAAAGGUGAAGAUGCCCAAUGUGGAAUUCUUUGUGAACUUGGGGGACUGGCCUUUGGAAAGGAAGAAAUCCAGUGCCCAGCCGCACCCCAUCUUCUCCUGGUGCGGCUCCACAGACUCCAAGGACAUCGUGAUGCCCACCUACGACCUCACUGAGUCAGUGCUGGAGACCAUGGGCCGGGUCAGUCUGGAUAUGAUGUCAGUCCAGGCCAACACAGGGCCGCCCUGGGAGAACAAGAACAGUACCGCGUUAUGGAGGGGCCGAGACAGCCGUAAGGAGAGGCUAGAGCUGGUGAAGCUCAGCCGGAAGCACCCCGAGCUUCUGGACGCCGCCUUCACCAACUUCUUCUUCUUCCAGCACGAUGAGAGCCUAUAUGGGCCCAUCGUUAAGCACAUCUCCUUCUUCGACUUCUUCAAGCACAAGUACCAGAUCAACGUGGAUGGCACCGUGGCUGCCUACCGGCUGCCCUACCUGCUGGGGGGCGACAGUGUGGUGCUGAAGCAGGACUCCAUCUACUACGAGCACUUCUACAGCCAGCUGCAGCCGUGGCACCACUACAUCCCGGUCAAGAGCAACCUCAGCGACCUGCUGGACCAGCUGCGGUGGGCCAAGGAGCACGACGAAGAGGCAAAGAAGAUAGCAAAAGCAGGACAAGAAUUUGCUAGAAAUAAUCUUAUGGGCGACGACAUAUUCUGUUACUACUUUAAACUGUUCCAGGAAUAUGCCAAGUUACAAGUGAGUGAGCCCCAGAUCCGAGAGGGCAUGAAGCUAGUAGAACCCCAGACCGAAGAGGACCUUUUCCCUUGCAGGUGCCACCGGAAAAAGACCAAAGAUGAACUCUGAUGUACAGAAUUCCCACCCCUUCAAAUAAGUAAUGGUGCUUCAAAGACUCUCCGGAUUUGGAAAAAGGAGUGUCUUUCAAUUAGGAAUUUCACAGACGGGAUAAAUAAAUUCCACUCUGUUUGGAUGACAAAGAUAGAUUU